AUGGGGUCCUGGACGACCAUCUGCGGACUAUUCGUCGCUGUCCUAAACAUGAUACUCGACGUUGCCUUCUUCUGGAAAGAAGUACGUUGUCCCCUGCAGCCCCGGCCUGUCGUGGAUGAAAGCUACAAGCUAGUUGGUGCUGGGCAGGUAGCUAACGCAGCUUUCCAUCUUAAGCGAUUACUGUCCUGGUGGAGAUCCAAGUCUCCUCGGAAGCGACUGCAGCAUGUUCUGAGGACAGCGUCCACCUUUGAGGAUUGGGAAGAGGCUGCUUUCGAGCUUGACGAGCUCUUGAGCAUGGACCUCUGGCGUCAGAAUCCCACAAGCCGGCAUUACGACUACCGACUGAUCCUGGGUCGAUUGGAGGCUCUUAUGAGCGCUCGCGAGGAUGAGGAUAUCCUGACCUUAGCGAACCUGCUUCGCUCCGGUUUGCUUCGGAAUCUGGGCAACAUUACCUCUCCCAAGAUGUUCUUGCAUGCCUACGCUGGCACCAAGCUUCUCAUAGAUGACUAUAUUACGCAAGUUGCCCUCUCGAUUCAACAGGUCACGGCUCUUCAAACUGCCCCGAUUCACGACAGCGGGUUCUCGUCGCAAGCAAAGCUUGAACUUUUGCACGAUACUCGGCAAGCCUUUGGGAGAACAACCCUACUGUUACAGGGCGGUUCAAUGUUUGGACUCUGCCACCUCGGGGUAGUGAAGGCUCUCCAUUUGCGUGGCCUCCUGCCCAGGAUCAUUACCGGGACAGGGAUGGGGGCGCUCAUUGCAGCAUUGGUGGGUAUCCAUAGCGAAGAUGAGCUGCUCACCUUUCUUGACAGCGGUGCCAUCGAUCUGAGCGCCUUCGAUCGUAGACGACGGAUGAAAAGGCCUGAAGAAGAGAGUUGGUGGUUGCCUUCUAAUCUCGGGGACAGUUGGCUGGGGACACUAUUGCGGCGAGUCAAUCGAUUCAUUCAGAAAGGCUACUUCCUUGAUGCAGAGGUGCUAGAGGAAUGCGUUCGCGCCAAUCUCGGCGACCUCACUUUCGAAGAAGCAUAUGCCCGGUCCAAGCGCAUACUCAACAUCACUGUUGCCACAUCAAAUAGAAACGCUACCCCGAACUUACUGAACUACCUGACUGCACCGAAUGUGUUGAUCUGGUCCGCUGCUGUAGCUUCCAAUGCAUCCAACAACUCACUUUACCAGCCAGUCACAAUAUUCUGUAAAGACGAAACAGGCUCGAUUGUACCUUGGCCGCAUUCUCGGGACGCAACCUUUUAUCAAUCCUGGCGUCAAGGUCACUACAAAGAGGAAGAAUCACCGCUAGCCCGGAUCGCCGAGCUAUUCAAUGUCAACCAUUUCAUCGUGUCGCAGGCCCGACCAUACCGAAUCCCUUUCUUACGCUCGGACUCGAACCUACUAGACCGUCGCCCAACCGACCAAUGGAGCGUCACUCAAGCUCUAAUGCGUCUCUUUACUGCCGAGCUCCACCACCGCCUCGGACAACUAGACUACAUGGGCCUCCUUCCUGCAACUCUUGCACGGCUCCUCAUCGAGGAGACCAUCCCUGGCCCCCAUCUUACCCUCGUUCCCGACGUCUCCCUCCUGGACCUCCCCAAGCUCUUCCAGAACCCAAGCAAAGACCGUCUAGCAUACUGGUCUCUCAAAGGAGAGCGAGGCGUCUGGCCCGCCGUCAGCGCAUUAAAAGUCCGCUGCGUCAUCGAAAUCGAGAUAGACAAGGGCUACCAGGUUGUGCGUCGACGACAACCAUCCGAAAACGCCCCAUCCACGCCGCGUCGCAUGCCCAACGAGGGACUCCCGCGUCGCCGUAGAGGCUAUAGCAUUGAUUACGGUAGAGAUAUGCUAAAUUUCUCUGGAAGUUUGGAUUGUCAGGACGAUUCGAAUUAUUAG